AUGCGGUCACGAAGCCGAAGCCACAGCAGACACCGCCACCGGCGACAUCGGAGCUCGCGGGAGCGCUCCCGCUCUCGCUCCCGCAGCAGAAGCCGGAGCCGCAGGUCUUCCCGCUACGACCGAGAUUCCAGACACGACUACAGGGGACGUGAUAGGUCGCGUCAUUCGCGCUCGGACCGGCACUACGAGCGAAGUAGGUACGACGACGCAUCGCGCAGGAAGAACUUCCGCUACGACUCGCCGCCGAAAAGCGCGCACAGAACCAGGAGACACCACGUGCCCGAUGCGCUCAUAACUAACGCCUACGCCCAGGGACUUGGCGUUCUCGGCAUGGACCCCGUAGCAACUAAGCCGUACAGGGAAAUCUACAUCGGCAACAUCCCCCCCCAUGCAGAUGUGAACAACCUGUUGGAGUUCCUCAACGAGGCGCUGGUGGCGGUUAAUGGCACCAGCGUACCGGGAGGCGCGUGCCAAAAGGGCUGGAUCAGCGCCGACAGCCACUACGCCUUCGUCGAGAUGCGCACGAUGCAGGAGGCCAGCAACUGCAUACAGCUGAGCGGCAUCAACUACCUCAACUACAGUCUCAGGAUAAACCGACCGAAGACCUACAACCCGGAUGUGCUGACCCAGGCGCCUUCGCCCACCAUCCCCACCCUGGAUCCGUCGCUGCUUGCCCUCGGGAUAGAGGGGCUCAAGUGCGCGUCGGAACAAAUCGCAGCUGCAGCCGACAUGUUGGCGACUGAGCGCGCCAAGACCAUGACGGACAGAUUGUGCGUGGAGAACGUCACUGACGAGGCCGCGCUCAAACGUGAGAUCGAGGCCAUGGGGAAGCUCAAGUUCUACCAGUACGUGACCGAGGAAAACAAGCAGCCGCUAUGCCUGUUCGAGUACGAGCACAUAGAGCUGCAGAAGACCGCCUUGGAGGGAUUGAAGGAGCGCGGGAUAGAGGUUGUCAUGGCGGUCGACGCGCUGGAGCGGGGUGCCCUGAGCGAGGAGUUCAUCCGCUCGCAAAUAUUGCAAUGCGACAUUAUGAAGGCGGAGAUACCCACUAGGGUGCUUCUACUCGCCAACCUGGUUUCCAAGGAGGACCUGGAGGACGAUGAGGAGUACUACGACAUCAUCGACGACGUGCGCUGCGAGUGCGAGGAGUACGGGAGGGUCAUUCGCGUGGAGCUGCCGAGGGUGCCCAAGGGGUACACCCUGGACGAGAUCCGCACCAUGGACUUCUCGUCAGUAGGCUGCGCGUUCGUGCUCUUCUCCGAAGUCGAUGGCGCCUCCAAGGCGCGCAAGGUUCUGGACGGACGCAAGUUCGGGCACCGCAUUGUGGAGUGCCACUACUUCAGCGAGCUGCUCUUCCACGUCGGCGAGUUCUCCAACCCCAAGCCCAACUUCUCUAAGGAGCACUCGUCCGUGUACAACCCAAUCAUCGCAGAGGACCCGAACCAGGCGGGCGACAUCUUGAACGAGCUGCGCAAGGAAGGCAAGGCGUGA